UUGCAAAGUCAUCAAAUUCAGGAGGAAGAGGAAUGCGCCAAGAAUUCGGUCAAGUUUCUCUGGGUUUGUGCAACAAUCGAUAACCGAAUCGGGCCCAGCGCAUCACGUGCAAGACCCAAAAUAUUUUUCUUCGCUCAACGCUCUUCACCCCCUCUGAACACGAAUCUCCAGCUGAAUUUCCUGCAGCGGAUACCGGCCUUCUUUUACCAAACAUGGUUCGAGCUAUGGUGCCGUUUUGUGGCCGCUUCCCCCUCAGGCUCGUUGCUCAGGCGGUCCGUUCCUGCCAUCUGGCUGACCUCGGUUGAUCGUGUCCCAUUCUUGCGGAGGCCUUGGACAAUCCCGCGUCUUGCCGCACGUUUAACAUAACAUCUCCCAAACACCCUUGUGCAAUCAAUCAACACAAUGCGGACAAUUUUGGCGACAGCAUCGCCCCUCAGGCGGAUAUUCCCCUUACGGCAGGGUGCGAGAAGAUGUUUUUCGACCUCACAGAAUCUCCAAGCAACAUGGGGCUUCAUUGGCCUAGGUCGCAUGGGCUAUCCAAUGGCGAGGAACUUGAGGUCUAAGCUACCUGCGGAUGACAUCCUCUUCGUGCAAGAUAUAAACAAAGCGGCGACUUCUCAAUUCCUGGAAGAGAACCCUACUGGAGUCCGGGUUGCCGAGAGUGCACGGGAAGUUGCUGAGAAAGCGGAAAUCGUUGUCACCUCUCUGCCGGAACCUCAGCACGUUUCAGGUGUGUAUCGUCAGAUGCUCGAGCCUGCCACUCUUCUGAAAGAGGGCAUGACGCAGGAGCGGUUGUUCAUUGAUUGCUCAACUAUCGAUAUCAAGACUUCCCGCUCUGUUGCUGAACUUGCGCGAUCAACUGGCCAAGGAACCUUCGUUGAUGCUCCCAUGUCUGGAGGCGUCGUGGGAGCGCAAGCGGGUACACUAACUUUCAUGAUUGGCGCUGCUCCCGAGGACGUUGAGCGGGUUACUCGCGUGCUGUCCAUGAUGGGCAGGAAAGUUAUCCACCUUGGUCCGCAGGGCUCUGGUCUCGCUGGAAAACUCGCCAACAACUACCUCCUUGCCCUCAACAACAUUGCUACCGCCGAAGCCAUGAACAUGGGCAUCCGAUGGGGCCUCGAUCCGAAGGCCUUGGCCGGGAUGCUCAACAUCAGUACCGGCAGGUGCUGGCCUAGCGAGGUCAACAACCCCGUCCCCGGCGUCAUUGAAGGCUCACCUGCUUCUAGAGGUUAUGAGGGUGGAUUUGGAGUGGCUCUUGCCAACAAGGACUUGAAACUCGCCAUACAAGCGGCUAAGGAGGCAGGUGUCAAGCUUGCUCUGGGAGACACUGCAAAGGCUCUGUAUGAUGAAGUGGAGAAGGCGGACAACUGUAAAGGCAGGGACUUUUCUGUUGUCUAUAGAUACCUUGGUGGCAAGGAGUAG